AUGACUAUUCAUAGCUAUUACCUUGACACCAAAGAAGAGUGGUCUAUGUUUGGCCUGUUACUCUGACUGGUCUAACUCGUUCUUUCAGAUGUUCUUGCUGCGUAAUUAUUGAAUGUGUCUACAUUGUUCAGCCUUUUACGAGCAUGUACCACAUUUAUUAUCAAAUUCCACAGAAAUGUAUCUCACCCAAGAAAUGCUAAAAAAUUCUUCUGCCAUGUGAAGCAUAAAAAAAACUCGGCAGAUAUUCUCUUUGUUAUUGAGUUUUUACGUUCCCUCUCUCCCUCCCUCUGUAUGA